AUGGCAGUUACUAGAGAGAAAGAAAAUUCUUCAAGAAAAUUUAAUGGAAAUAUACCUGCAUUAUCGCUCAAUAGUGACAAUAUGUCGACAUCCACGGACAGUGACGACUUAGCGGACCCAACAUACGAAAUUAGGAAUAUUCGUAGUAUUAUAAACGUAACCCGUGAAAAUAUUGACGCUCUGAACGCGAAAUUUGCAGGGUUCCAGCAUCCUCCGCCGUUAUAUUUGUCCGAGUACCAAGAAUUGACAUCGAAGUUGCAUAACUUAGAAGGAACUUUAAGAGAACUCUUACAAUCAGAAUCCCCCGAUAGGAGUGAAGAGUGUUCAUUACAGGAUGACUCAAAAAAGUACGAUACUCUUACGCGUCAGCCGAAGGUGUUUCUGCGAGCACACCUUCCAAACCAGCAGCGUACGAGUGUGCAAGUGAAAGAAGGGGUUACCCUUCGAGAUGCGCUUUCCAAAGCGCUGAAGCUUAGGAAUUUGACGUGUGAAAUGUGCGAAGUGGUGCGGACAGGCAAUAAUCAAGUGAUACCAUGGGAUGUUGACAUCACUAUGAUUGACGCUGAAGAGGUGACAGUUCGGACGUUGGACAAGUUGCCCAUCAUGUCCCAUAUUUCACACCAGUUCACACGGAAGACUUUCUUCACGCUGGCGUUCUGCGAGUGUUGCCGGCGGCUGCUAUUCAACGGCUUUUAUUGCUCGCAGUGUAACUUCAAGUUCCAUCAGCGAUGUGCUGAUAAAGUGCCAAGUAUAUGUCACCAGAUGCGAGUAUCCGACACAUACUAUGCGGCACUGUUGGCUCAGAAUCCAGAGACUCAGGCUGGUAUUUUACACUACCCCUCACAUUUUGGCUACCAUCACAUGAUUAACAGAGGUGAUCAAAGCAAGUCUGUCUCUCCGGCGAAGAAGAUAAAAGACUUUGAUGUUCAUUGGACACAGCAUCCUCGUUCGCUCAAUCAGCAGGACCGCUCCAACUCUGCACCCAAUGUGUGCAUCAACAUGGUACAGCGGCCUAUGACCCUGGCUGAACACCAGAGAAAAAAUAAUCAGUCCACCAAGUACCUGACGUCCGGCAAACACAACAAGGAAGAUAAGGACAAGGGAGGGGACCAACAGCACAGUCAAAGCACACAAGCGUCGCCGACGGGCACGUUACGGCCGCGGAGAGCUCGCGCGCGCUCUGCUGACGAGUCGUGGAAGCACGCGCUGUCACCGCGCGAGAGCUACGACGACUGGGUCAUACACGCCGACGAGAUACUCAUCGGACCGCGCAUCGGUUCGGGCAGUUUUGGAACGGUGUACAAGGCACAUUGGCACGGCCCAGUUGCUGUGAAGACACUGAAUGUGAAGACACCAACGCCUGCACAGCUGCAAGCUUUCAAAAACGAGGUGGCAGUGCUGCGCAAGACACGGCACUGCAACAUCCUGCUGUUCAUGGGCUGCGUGUCGAAGCCGUCGCUGGCGAUCGUGACGCAGUGGUGCGAGGGCUCGUCGCUGUACCAGCACCUGCACGUGCUGGAGACGCCGCUGCCCAUGCUCUACCUCAUCGACGUAGCGCGUCAGACCGCGCAGGGCAUGGACUACCUGCACGCCAAGAACAUCAUACACAGCGCGUCAGACCGCGCAGGGCAUGGACUACCUGCACUCCAAGAACAUCUUUCACAGGUGUGUGUCUCCGAGCACUGCUUACCACGCAACUUGCUAGAGGGCUCGUCGCUGUACCAGCACCUGCACGUGCUGGAGACGCCGCUGCCCAUGCUUCUACCUCAUCGACGUAGCGCGUCAGACCGCGCAGGGCAUGGACUACCUGCACGCCAAGAACAUCAUUCACAGGUGUGUGUCUCCGAGCACUGCUCACCACGCAACUUGCUAGAGGGCUCGUCGCUGUACCAGCACCUGCAUGUGCUGGAGACGCCGCUGCCCAUGCUCUACCUCAUCGACGUAGCGCGUCAGACCGCGCAGGGCAUGGACUACCUGCACGCCAAGAACAUCAUACACAGAGGGCUCGUCGCUGUACCAGCACCUGCACGUGCUGGAGACGCCGCUGCCCAUGCUCUACCUCAUCGACGUAGCGCGUCAGACCGCGCAGGGCAUGGACUACCUGCACGCCAAGAACAUCAUACACAGGUGUGUGUCUCCGAGCACUGCUCACCACGCAACUUGCUAGAGGGCUCGUCGCUGUACCAGCACCUGCAUGUGCUGGAGACGCCGCUGCCCAUGCUCUACCUCAUCGACGUAGCGCGUCAGACCGCGCAGGGCAUGGACUACCUGCAUGCCAAGAACAUCAUACACAGAGGGCUCGUCGCUGUACCAGCACCUGCACGUGCUGGAGACGCCGCUGCCCAUGCUCUACCUCAUCGACGUAGCGCGUCAGACCGCGCAGGGCAUGGACUACCUGCACGCCAAGAACAUCAUUCACAGGUGUGUGUCUCCGAGCACUGCUCACCACGCAACUUGCUAGAGGGCUCGUCGCUGUACCAGCACCUGCAUGUGCUGGAGACGCCGCUGCCCAUGCUCUACCUCAUCGACGUAGCGCGUCAGACCGCGCAGGGCAUGGACUACCUGCACGCCAAGAACAUCAUUCACAGAGGGCUCGUCGCUGUACCAGCACCUGCAUGUGCUGGAGACGCCGCUGCCCAUGCUCUACCUCAUCGACGUAGCGCGUCAGACCGCGCAGGGCAUGGACUACCUGCACGCCAAGAACAUCAUUCACAGGUGUGUGUCUCCGAGCACUGCUCACCACGCAACUUGCUAGAGGGCUCGUCGCUGUACCAGCACCUGCACGUGCUGGAGACGCCGCUGCCCAUGCUCUACCUCAUCGACGUAGCGCGUCAGACCGCGCAGGGCAUAUGGACUACCUGCACGCCAAGAACAUCAUACACAGGUGUGUGUCUCCGAGCACUGCUCACCACGCAACUUACUAGAGGGCUCGUCGCUGUACCAGCACCUGCACGUGCUGGAGACGCCGCUGCCCAUGCUCUACCUCAUCGACGUAGCGCGUCAGAUCGCGCAGGGCAUGGUCUACCUGCACGCCAAGAACAUCAUACACAGGUGUGUGUCUCCGAGCACUGCUCACCACGCAACUUGCUAGAGGGCUCGUCGCUUUACCAGCACCUGCACGUGCUGGAGACGCCGCUGCCCAUGCUCUACCUCAUCGACGUAGCGCGUCGGACCGCGCAGGGCAUGGACUACCUGCACGCCAAGAACAUCAUACACAGGGAUCUGAAAUCAAACAAUAUAUUCUUGAGAGAUGACUGGUCGGUCAAGAUCGGUGACUUUGGUCUGGCGACGGCCAAAGUACGGUGGUCAGAGUCCCCGCUGGCGGGCGGCGUGCAGUGGCAGCAGCCGACGGGCUCGAUCCUGUGGAUGGCGCCCGAGGUGAUCCGCAUGGACGAGCCGGCGCCCUACACCUUCCGCUCCGACGUGUACGCGUACGGCGUCGUGCUCUACGAGCUUAUGGCCGGCGAGCUGCCCUACGCGCACCUCAACAACAAGGACCAGAUCUUAUGGAUGGUGGGCCGGGGUCUCCUACGGCCCGAUGCACGAAGACUGAGACAAGACGCUCCACAAGCGCUGAAGCGUCUCUUCGAGGACUGCAUCAAGUUCGACCGGGAACAGCGGCCUCUGUUCCGGCAGAUCCUGGCCUCGCUGGAGUCCAUGCUGAGAGCCAUGCCCAAGAUUACGCGCAGCGCCUCCGAGCCCAGCGUGAACCGGCAGCUGCACGCAUCCGAUGACUACCUAAGCUACAGCUGCGCCUCGCCCAAGACCCCCGUCAAUUUCCAGUUCAACGCGGACACCAGUUUUCCGGCUUUUUAUGGAAUCCCAGUGCCGAAUCAACGACACCCGUAG